UUUGCGCGCGCUUCCAGCGUUGACAAUGACAAACCAACGAUGGAGUGCAGAUAAAAAUAUACAAUUCAUUAAUGAAUAUCAGCGAGAAGAGUGUCUCUGGGACCCGAAUCACCCACAAUAUAAACUUAGGGAUGCCCGAGAUGCGGCCUACAAAACAAUUAUGAAAACUAUGGAGAUGCAAAAUAUCAAAGAGGUUGUUGGUAAAAUACGCUCCCUUCGAAAUACUUACAACAAUGAGUUGUUGAAGGCAAAAAAAUCUCAUACUACGGGUAUGGGAACUAAUAAACUGUAUAUUUCUAAAAUUUCUUGGCUGUCUCAUUUGGAUUUUUUGAAAAAAAUUGACAGCAACACUAGAGAAAAAACAGAAAAUGCACCAAAUACCCAGGCAACUUCUACUUCAGAAUCCGAGAGCCAAGAUUUUAUCGUACCAUUAAUACCUACAAGAAAUAAAAGAAAAAUAAAAGAUCCUCCACCGAAGGCCGUACAUGUAUUAGAAAAAGCAACACAGCACUUUUCAAAUGCUACUAAUGAUGAAUUUGAUCUUUUUGGACAAACUAUAGCUGAACAGUUACGGCAACUUCCUCUAGAAAUGGCUCUGGAGACAGAGGAAAUGUUAUUGUCAACAGUACGAAGGCAACGAAUCAAAUUAGCAAAACAACAGACGUCAACUCAACAAGUUCGCCUUCCAGAUUCUUGUGCAUAAAAUUUUGGUUUACCUUAAAAAAAAUUCUUCGAAGACUAUAUCCAGGAUCUACUGCCACCCUGUAUUCCUAUGAUAAAUAAAGAGAAAAAAUAUUUAUUUAUUAUAUUAUUUAUGUUGCUGACAAACGCAGUGUAAUUUGAAGAUUAUUUUUUUGCUGGUAAAGCUUCCCGGCAUAUCGUGUCUUAUUUAGAUAUUUUGUUAGACACUCUUCUCAGUAAAGAAGUAAAAUUAUCUUCACUCAUUCGAAACUUCAUUGCACCCAAAUGCUUUCUUGUUAACCAUCCUCGAACCCAACAAAAUCUUUUGACGUCUUAUAAUUCGAUCCAGCCGGUUGCACCUGUUACCUCGCUUUGCGGUGUUACCUCGCUCUGAGGCGUUCCAUUUAAGCGCGGAAUGAUCGACAAAGAGGCACAAACGCGAGAGGAACGCUCGGCAGCGUUCGACAUCUGUCUCUUUCCUACUUGAGUGAG